AUGAGAAGUCAAAUGGUUUCUCAGCUUUUCUUGAUCCUACUAAUCUCCAUUUGCUGUAGAAUGAGCUAUGUAGUGGCAGCUAAUUCCAGCAAGUGUCUUCAGGAUCAGAAGAUGUUGCUUCUGCAGCUCAGAAAUAACCUUACUUAUGAUUCUGAAGUAUCCACCAAGCUAGUGAAUUGGAAUGAGAGAAUUGAUUGCUGUCAAUGGCAGGGUGUCACUUGCAACGGUGCAGGCCAAGUUAUUAGUCUUGACCUUACUAAUGAAUUGUUUUCAGGCAGUAUCAAUCCAUUAGCAAAUCUUAAGUUUCUCUCUGUAAUCCGUCUUGAUGGGAACUACUUAUCUGCUCCAAUUCCGGAGUUCUUCGCGGAUUUCACCAAUCUAACUGUCUUGAGUCUAAAUUCCUGCAACUUGAUAGGAGAAGCACCUCAGAAAAUAUUCCAGGUACCAACUCUGCAGACUAUUGACUUAUCAGUAAAUGAGAUGCUUGGGGGUUCUUUACCUGAAUUUCCUCCAAAUGGAUCUCUCCAAGCACUGCGGCUUAGUCGUACAAAAUUUUCAGGAAUUUUACCCGAGUCUAUAGGGAACCUUAAGAUGUUGUCACAUGUUGAACUUGAAGCUUGUAAUUUUACAGGUCCAAUUCCAACUUCUAUGGAAAAUCUAACCCACCUUGUUCAUCUGGAUUUCGACUGGAAUAGCUUCUCCAGUUCGUUUCCAUCUUUUAAGCUGUCCAAAAAUCUCACUUUUAUAAGAUCUGCUAGAAAUAAAUUGACAGGAAUAUCAUCCGACUGGGAAGGCUUUGAUAAUCUUGAGUAUCUUGACCUGAGUAACAAUUCAAUUUCUGGGCUCAUUCCAGCAUCAUUGUUUUACCUACCCUCACUUACAGCUUUAGUUCUGUCCAACAACAAGUUUUCUGGCCAAAUAACUGACUUACAAAAUGUAACUUCUCCACUAGAAGAUAUUGACUUGAGUGCCAACAAAUUGGAAGGGCCAAUACCUGAGUUUAUAUUUGAACUUCACGGUCUUUUUGGUCUUUCACUUUCAUCCAACAAGUUCAAUGGGACUGUGCAGUUGAAGAAAUUCACAGAGUUCGAUAAGCUUUUAAGUCUUGAUCUGUCCCACAACAGUUUAUCAGUUGACACAGAUAUAAGUGAAUCAGAAUUUUCCUUGCUACCCCAGCUGAAUUCUUUCAUGUUAGCAUCAUGCAAUCUGCAAAAUAUUUCCUUCCUCAAGAACCAAUCGAAGUUGUCAAUGUUAGAUCUAUCAAAUAACCAGCUUACCGGUGAAAUACCAAACUGGUUGGUGGAAAUCAAUGAUGGACUUCUUCGUUUUCUGAAUCUUUCUUUCAAUAAAUUCACACAUAUUCAAGAACCUUAUACAUUUGGUUUUCUAAAUUACCUUAAUCUGCAUUCAAAUCUGCUCACUGGGGUUAUUCCAUUACCACCACGUGCAGCUGCAUAUAUUGACUUCUCCGACAAUAACUUUGCUACUUUGAUACCGCCUGACUUUGGCAAUUAUCUCGUAACCGCUCAGUUCCUCUCAAUUGCAAACAACAAAGUUAUCGGUAGUAUCCCUUCUUCAAUCUGCAAUUCCAGCUAUCUUGAAGUACUUGACUUGUCUAACAACAGUUUGCAUGGCACAAUACCGCCAUGUUUAGCAGAAAAGAGCAGCACACUGAAAGUACUUAACCUGGGAAAGAACAAUUUCAUAGGAAAUAUACCUGAAAAGUUUUCUUAUAAUUGUGAGUUAGAGAGCCUCGACCUCAGUCAGAAUCACUUAACAGGUCUGCUUCCUCGUUCUUUAUCCAACUGCACAAGGCUAAAGGUAUUAAAUCUUGGAAACAACAAGAUCAAGGAUACUUUCCCCUGCUGGUUGAGGGACAAUUCAAAUCUUCGGGUACUUGUAUUACGCUUCAAUGGUUUCCAUGGGAACAUUGAUUGCUCUCGAGCGUCUUCCAACUGGACCUCUCUUCAAAUCAUGGACCUAGCUUCCAAUAAUUUAAGUGGCAUUCUCCCCCGAGGUUCACUCUUGGAGCUAAAAGCACUGAUGGUUGACCCAUCUUUAGCAUAUUCACGCUCUGAUAUCUUGCAUUUUGGGUCUCAACUUGGGUCGGUAUACUAUCAGGAUAGAGUCACUGUUUCUCUUAAAGGACAAAAUGUUGAACUGACAAAGAUCCUUCUCUUCUUCACCUCCAUUGAUUUUUCAAGUAACAAUUUUGUGGGGGACAUACCAGAGACAGUUGGAGAUCUCCAAUUACUUUAUCUUCUCAACAUUUCACACAACAAUCUCACAGGUCAAAUCCCUUCAGCAAUUGGAAAUUUGAAGCAAUUGGGAUCACUGGACCUCUCAUUCAACAGGUUAGGUGGCAAUAUCCCAGAAAAGCUUGCUAGCCUCACAUCACUUUCCGUCUUAAACUUAUCAUAUAAUGAAUUGGUUGGAAUGAUUCCACGAGGCAACCAAAUUCAAACCCUUGAAGAUGCUUUCAUAGGAAACAAGGGGCUCUGUGGGUUUCCGCUGAACAUAACUUGCAAAAAUAACUCAGCAGUGACACCUCCACAGCAGCCAGAACUUGAAGAGGACAGAUUCAUUUCAAGGACGGAGAUUUAUGUCAGCGUUGAGUUAGGAUUUGUUGUUGGAAUCGGGAUCAUCUUUAUACCACUUUUGUUAUCUAAAAGAUGGAACCACUUGUACAACAAACUAGUCGACAGAUUGAUAUUAAGAAUAUUUCAGCAGCAAGAUCAAGAUGGGAGAACUAGUAAGAGCAGUAGAGUAGUAUCUAGGAAGAAGGCAGCAGGGAAAUCAAGAGGCACUCGUUAA